AUGAGUAACAGCUGGGCAAGAAUAUCAAAGGCUGCUACAGCAAUUGCAAGACAGACAGGUAAUAAAACCGCCCAAUCGGUUUGGAGAGAUGGAGGGGUGAAAUUUCAAAGCACUGCAGCUAAUACUGCCCUCAAAGCAGCAGCACCCCUAUCGCCUAAGAUUAAAGAUAUUGAUCCCAAUACGCUUGAUCUCCGUGUAGGAAUGAUCAAAGAGAUCAGAAGACACGAGAAUGCUGACUCACUAUAUGUUUCGCAAAUACAAGUUGGUCCAAAUGGAGAGGACGCAAGCAUUUUACAGGUCUGCUCCGGACUAGUAGGUCUUGUAGAUAUGGAGGCACUCCACGGUCGCCGUAUUGUUAUUGUGAACAACCUCAAACCAAGCAAGAUGAGAGGUGUUGCUUCUCAGGCUAUGCUAUUGUGUGCAGACGGUGAAACUACUGUUGAUGGGGAAACCAAACCGAAUGUUGAACCAGUAUGUCCCCCGGAAGAUGCACCUCUUGGUAGCAGUCUUUCAUUUGUACAUGAGGAUGAUGCAGAGGAGAAAGUUUCAACCGUAGAUGGCAAAAGGGAGGUCAAGAAACGUAUCAAAAGCAAAGCAUUUCAGGCUGUAUCUGAAGACUUAACCGUGGACAACACUCUGCGUGUCGUGUGGCGACAGAAACAUGUGCUGUGCCACGACAUAAUAUCGCGUUGUUGCACUGUCAGUGAUCCAAAAUUAGCCGGUGCACAGGUGCGCUGA